AUGGACGCCCUCAGCAAACAGCCGAGACAACUAUUUAAACAGGAUGGCAUCCACCCAAACAGGCUGGGUGCAAGAGUUCUAAAGGACAACAUCUAUUUCUCCCUUCAUCAUCCUUCAGCAGUGUGUGCCAAUCCACUCAACCUGAAUGGCACACACACACCUGGACAGAGUAUGAAUGACCACAGGACUUCUUUCCAGCACCGAAAUGGACAUGAUGUUGACAUAUCCCACAAGGACAGAGAUAACACCACUCAGCCACAACAACCACUGCUCAUGGACACAAUCUCAGCUGAGUCAUGCCCACAGAGCUUACUACAGUCAGACUGUGUCAGAUUAGAACGGCUCCAAGAUUCAGCACCCAAGGACGACUUUCUGGAAAACAGCCAGGGAAACCAGGACAACAUAUCACAGCCUCCGGUCACAUCAGAACAACAGGACUCCUCACUAGAUAUGUCAUUCCUCUCUCCAGCAUCCCCGCUUUUGACCUUCUCCGGAAAAAUGGAGGAACUGGUUUAUGCUGGAACUAAACUAUCCCACUCUAUUGCUGCAAGCCCACAGAUUUCAACCAGAAAACAGCAAGCCCCAAAACCACCAAAGCCAGUGGGCCCAGUUCCCCCUCCUCGUCCUGUGAGAGCUCUUCGGUCUCUGACACAACGCCAAGGCACACACCCUCCUCCAUCUGCUGUAGGUGAACCAACAACAACUGAUAAUGGCUCUCAUCCCGACAGAGAGGCUGUGAAGAGCCACGAAGAGGUAGACGAGGUUAAGGACAUUCAACCCAAUUCACGUGUGGACGAAGAAAACAAGGACAGGCCAAGAAGACUUACCUGUGUUUCCCGUGCAACCAUUGUUGGAGAGACAAGCUCCUCUCCCACCAUUGCCAUCGCCUCUUUACUAAGCCCUUUAAGUUUCCCUGUGAUCAGUCAUUUUGCCUCAUGUGCCUGCUUGAGUGACAGAAAAAGGUUUUCAUCCUUUUUCAGAACGAUGGCCAGUGAUAAUUAUCAAAGCAUUGCAAUGGCUCAGCUUGUCAAGCACUUUGGCUGGACUUGGGUUGGAACAGUCAACAGUCGCAAUGAUUACGGUACCUAUGGAAUGGACGUAUUUUUAAAGACAGCACACGAAUUGGGGAUUUGUGUUGAAUACUCGGAGACAAUAUUAAAAACCGAUUCACAAAAGCAGCUACUAAAAACACUGGAAGUGGUUAAAAAAGGAACAGCCAAGGUGGUGGUGUUUUUUAUAUCAUACGUAGAUUUCCUCCCAUACAAAAAAUUGAUUGUGCAACAGAACAUUACCGGGAUCCAGUGGAUCGGUACUGAAUCCUGGAUCAAUUCUCAAACUAUUCAGGAUACAAAGGAAAACAGUUUCUUCAUGGGAGCCAUGGGCUUUGCUCUACAGAACAUGAAGCUCGACGGCCUGCAAGAGUUUCUUUUGACUGUGCACCCUAAUCAAGAACCAAAAAAUGAACUUUUGAAAGAUUUCUGGGAAGAAACCUUUCAGUGCUCUUUCAGAAACACCGGAGGUAGCACAGGUAGCUGUACUGGCUCAGAACGCUUAACAGAAGUGCACAAUGAAUAUACUGAUGCAUUAGAGAUGCGCAUGGCAAAUAAAGUGUACACGGCAACUUAUGCUAUUGCACAUGCACUGCAUAGUUUGAUAAAUGAUCUUAAAUCCUCCACCAACAGCAGCAAAGUAGAGGUGCCCACACCAAGAAAGGUGCUGGAGUAUAUGAGAGAUGUCAGUUUCACUGCCAAAACAGGUGAGAAAAUAUUUUUUUCGAAUGGUGAUCCUGUGGCGAAAUAUGAUCUCCUCAACUGGCAGCCAACUGAAGAUGGAGGUAUGCAGUAUAAACUGGUUGGUUCGUAUGACCACUCACUGCCUCCAGAGCAACGUCUUAAAGUUAAUCAGGAACUUAUGGUAUGGGCUGAGAACAGCAGGCAGCUGCCGGUGUCUGUGUGCAGUGCGAGUUGUCCUCCAGGCAAGAAGGCUGUACAGAAAGGAAGACCUAUCUGCUGUUUUGACUGCAUACAAUGUCCACCAGGAGAGAUCAGUAACCGCACAGAUUCUAGCGACUGCUUUCCUUGUGAUUUGGAGUAUUGGUCGAAUGAAAGCAACGACAAAUGUGUUUUAAAAGCUAUUGAAUUCCUUUCCUAUACAGAAAACAUGGGGAUUGUGCUUUCUCUUUGUUCUCUCAUUGGAGCGUUAGUAACUUCAAUUGUAUCUUUGGUGUUUUAUCUUCAUAAACAAACACCUAUUGUAAGAGCCAACAAUUCAGAGCUGAGCUUCCUGUUGCUCUUCUCAUUGACUCUGUGUUUUCUCUGUUCACUUACUUUCAUUGGUCGCCCCACUGAGUGGUCCUGUAUGUUGCGUCACACGGCGUUUGGGAUCACUUUUGUCCUCUGUAUCUCCUGUGUUUUGGGGAAAACUAUGGAAGCCCUGGUGUUAAUGGCAUUCAAGGCCACACUUCCAGGAAAUAAUGUUAUGAAAUGGUUUGGGCCUCCUCAACAAAGACUAAGUGUUGUUAUCCUUACAUUAAUACAGGUCCUAAUUUGUGUGCUUUGGUUAACAAUAUCACCUCCUUUCCCAUAUAAGAACAUGCGUUAUUACAAAGAUAAGAUCAUUCUAGAAUGUAAUUUAGGUUCAGCUGUUGGUUUCUGGGCUGUUCUUGCUUAUAUAGGCUUGCUUUCAGCCGUGUGUUUUAUUUUAGCUUUUCUGGCUCGUAAGCUCCCUGAUAACUUCAAUGAAGCUAAAUUCAUCACAUUUAGUAUGUUCAUAUUCUGCGCUGUAUGGGUUGAAUUUUUUCUAGCUUACGUCAGUACACCUGGAAAAUUUACUCUAGCCUUGGAGAUAUUUGCUAUUUUAGCUUCAAGUUUUGCUUUACUAUUUUGCAUAUUUGCCCCAAAAUGCUAUAUCAUUUUGUUAAAACCAGAGGAAAAUACAAAAAAACAUAUGAUUGGGAAAUAGUAAUUCUAACAAACUCAAGGAUAAAAAAUUUAAUCGGACAACAAUGUGAUGUAGUAAGUAACUAAGAACAAUUGAUAAAAAAAUUCCAUUGGAAUAAAAAAAACAUACAAGCACAAAUAUAUGUUUGGUUCCAAAACACAAUAAAUCAAUUUUGACUAA